AUGGAGCGGCGCGGCCCCGUCCACGCGCUGCCCGAGGAGAUCCGCAAGAUGCCCCGGGACCAGACAGUGUGCAAAUACUGCGGGGUCAGCUACCUGACACUGCAUGAGUUUAAGGUGAUGGAAGACAAAGUCAGAGCAAUGGAGAAGGAGAUCAGAGUUUAUAAAGGAAGUCUAGAACGGGAGCAGAGGCUUCAGGCAGAGUUGCAGGCUCUUCACCACGACCUCGAGCGCUGCCGGGCUGAGAGCGAAUCCAAAACAGAAAGGAUAAAAGCUCUGACAGUGGAACUUAAAACCAAGCAGGAGGAGAUGAAAACUGUGAAAGCUGAUCUGCAGUAUUUCCAGGAGGAGAAGGAAGCUGCCUACAAGCAGUCACAGGUGCUCAGAAGUGAAUUAGACAGUAUUAAAGAGGUCAUCUCCACCAACCUGGAGAACUUUGCUGCCAUGAAGGAAGAAAUUUUUCAGCAAAUAAAAGCCGUAAGCAAAGAAGCUCUGACAGAAAUCCCCAAACUGAACCAAAGAUUGGCAAAAUCCCAGAGGGAGAACGAGUGUCUCCAGGAGAAGAUCAGACACCUCACUGGGGUGGCUGACACAGUUGAGCUGAAAACUCAGCAGCUCCAAACUUCCCUUCAGCAGGGAAACGAGCUCCAGAGUCGCUGCCGUGAGCUGCAGAAGGAAACUCUGGAUUUAACAAAUCAGGUGGAGACAGCUGGCCUGCAGCUGCAGAAGGUGACAGCAGAGCUGGACCACUACAAGAAGCUGUUACUGGUGAAGUCAACAGAGCUUGAUGUCUGUCAAAAUGAACUGAAAAAGAUCAAAUAUGAAAACGGAAUUGCUGAGUCCAGGCUUAUGAAAGAGCUGAAGGAAAAGGAAGAAUCCCUUCUCAUUUGCCAACAAAUCUGCAAACAUUUACAGGAGGAAAUGGCUGAGAAAGAAAGGAAAGAAGAAGAUCUGAAAAGAAGAACUGGGAGAUCAGAGAGUGAGCUGGAAACCCUUAAAGCUCUCCUGAGCCAAACAGAGCAGGAGGUGCUGAUGCUGAAACAGGAAAGGGAGCUGCUGCUGGUGUCCCAGCAGAGCAGGACGGAGCAGCUGCAGGAGGCACUGAGGCAGAAGGUUCGGAGCGAGGACUCCUGGAGGGACAAGCUGGAAAUGGACCUGGCCAAAGGGGAGGCUCGGCACAAAGAAGCAAUCCUGAAAGUCAGGGAAGAGGCCAGAGUGGAGCUGGACCUGGAGAGACAAAAACAGCAGGAGCUGAUCACCAAAUAUCAGAGAGAGCACGAGGAGCUCCAGCAGAAGAUCCCAGGUUUAAUAUCCAGUGCCACCAAGAGCUUGAGGAUGGAGACAGAAAUUCUGGAGAAGAAGCUCCAAGAUGCCCAAAUAAAACUGGCAGAGAAGGAUGGAGACAAGGAAAAAGAAAUCCAGAGCCUUAAAAGGCUCAUCAGUGAACUUGAAUUCCAGCUGACCAUGGAGAAGAGCAACAAUGAAUCAUUCUUGGACAAACUGAGGAAAGAAAUUAAGCACAAGUCAGAUGAACUGGAAAAACUAACCCAGGAGAAGACACAGCUGAUUCACAGUUUGAGUCAAGUUCAAGAGGAGAAUUCCCUGCUGCAGGACACGGUGCGCCGGGAGUGCGAGGAGCGCUUCGAGCUGACGGCAGCGCUGGGCCGGGCUCGGGAUCAGGUGCUGGAGCUGCGGAGGCUCAGCGGGACCCUCCCGGCCUCGCCUCGCUCGCUGCCCGCCGGGGAUCUCCGCCUCUCCGGACACCUGGGAGCGGCCAGGGCCGCCCGGGGCCCCGGCUCGGGCCGGCACGGAGGCGGCAGCACCGGAUCCCUGGAUGCCAUCCCUGCCAAGGGAAGGGCGGCCCCGCCGGGCGAGCCCCGCGGCCGCGUCCCCCCCGGGCUGAGGCUCCGGCCGAGCCAGCUCUGA